AGUUGGAAUCAUGUAUCACGUAUUGGUAACCUGGCUAUUACUCACGCACAUAUGCUUGGCAAAGGUUAAAAAUGACAAGCAAAAGCAGGAGACUCAGGUAAUGAGCACUUGCGGAGAAGGGUUGAAGGGGCUUCUGGACCAUAAAUUUGACAACCACGAUGAGGAAGCUAGACUCACUACUGCGGCAUACUUGUCAAAAAACAUGCUUAGACUAUACACCGGAAACACUACGUAUCUGACAAUCGACUUGAAUGAGGCUGUGCUACCUAUAGAAACACUUGGAGAGAAGUGCUUUUCGAUAAGAAGUCAUAACGCACUGCCGAACGUCCUCUGCGCAAGUGGCCUUCUUGAGCGUAACAAGUGGAUAAAUGCAAUUGAGGCUAGUAUGCUAUGUGCGGAAACAGGCAUCAAGUCAAUGUUGCCACUGAUACCAGGAGAGGAGACGCUUGAGGAAAUAGAUGAGGAAAAGCCAACUGGGAUCAACUUGUUCAUCCACGAUGGUCCCGUGGGCAGGCCGCAAAUAUACAUCAAUGGGAAGACCAUCGAAGAAUUGGAAAACGAACGUAAUAAGGAAUCACUUGAUUCAGCGCACGUAGAAAACGAUAUGUCAGCUCUAGGGGACUUGGACCAGCUAUUCCCAACUUUCGACACCAACGACCGGGAUCAAGUGGAGGUAGCUCCAGUGGACCCCGAAGCCUUGGCAGAAGCACGGGCUGAGGCUGGGAUGGUAGACGACACCACCCCGGAGAUGGGCUACUACAAACAAGAACGUGAACUUUGAAUCGC